UCCAUGUACUAUAUACUCAAAGGGAAAAACGGACGCCAUAGUAAAAGAAGAAGAAGAAUCCAAUGGUCGUUGGAGGUUGGAGAUUGUUCUGUAAAAACAAUUAAAAACGAUAUAAACCAUGGCGGACGCUGCUGCACGUCAAUUACAAUACGAAUAUAAAGCGAAUUCCAAUCUCGUUUUACAAGCUGACGUUCGGUUAAUAGAACGACGUAGCCGAGAUGAGGCUACCGGUGAGGUUAUGUCCCUUGUUGGCAAAUUGGAUGGUACUCGUAUGGGUGAUAGGGCCCAGCGUACCAAACCUGGGAAGGCAGAGGAGAGGAAAGUCAAGUAAGUUUAUUGUUUUAUUAAAGCAAUGAUCAGGAUUUGAAUACAAUUUUCAGUAAAAUUUUUGUUUUGAUAUCUACUAUCUCCUUUGUGUCGCUCACAACGAGCUUUGUACAUGUAACCAAGCACGUAACAUUCUGUCUCAGAAACGACAGUUCUAUACUAGAUAUUACUGGAAUCUUAUUUUCUAAAAAAUUAAAAUUUUGAAUU